GGCAAAGGGCAGCCAUGGAGGUCUGCGGGGCUGCUCUUCUCCCUCGGCUGCUUCGGAUGGAGGGGGACGUUGGCCUCCGCCCCCCCGCGGGAAAGGCAUCGCCAGUGACCUUUGAGGAGGUUGCCGUGUUCCUCACGGAGGAGGAAUGGGCUCUCCUGGAUCCAGGCCAAAGAAAACUCUACUGGGAAGUGAUGGAGGAAAACUACGAGGCUGUGGUCUCCCUGGACCUUCCUUUGCUGCUUCCUCUAGAGUAUGAUUCCAAUGUGCGUUGCGCUCAAGAAGAGCUCCUAACGGGUGUGAGGCACAUGGAAAUUGAGAAGGAACAAGACAAGUUGAUUGUGGAAAGAGAUGUAGAUCUGCAGGUAGAAGCAAAAUUUGAGGUUCAAAUGGUACCCAAGAGAGAGUUGAUAAGCAAAAGGAAAGCAAAAGAGAAGCAGAGAAAAGAAUCGGUAGCCCAUCAGAGCAGGAAGCUGCGUGAGUUCUCAGCCCAAGGUGAAAUACGGAAGAGAAAGAGAAGACAUAAGUGUCCACUGAUUGAGAAAGGGUUGAACUGCAAACUCAGAGUUAAGAAAUAUCAGAACAUUACAACAUGCUGGAAAAGAUGUACAUGCUUGGAGUGUGGAAAGAUGUUUCAGAACAGGAAGGUAGCUAAACAUCACAGGAUGCAUAGGGGAGAAAGACCCUAUAGAUUCUUGGAGUGUGGGAAUAACUUCUCUCAGAAUAACACCCUAACUAAACAUCAAAAGAUUCCCUCAGGGGAGAAGCCAUGCUUCAAGUGUGGAGAGAGCUUCCCUUGCGUUAGUGAUGCCACUAGACUUCAUAAGAUAUAUAAAGGAGAGAAACCAUAUAAAUGCUUGGAAUAUGGAAAGAGCUUCUCUCUGAAGGGCUACCUAACUAAGCAUAGCAAGGUCCACACAGGGGUGAAGCCAUAUAAAUGCUUAGAAUGUGGGAAGACCUUCUCUCGGAAUGGCCACCUAAUUAUACAUCGAAAGGUUCACACAGGGGAGAAGCCAUAUAAAUGCUUAGAAUGUGGGAAGGGCUUCUCCCAGAAGGGCGCCGUAAGUAUCCAUCGAAAGAUUCACACAGGAGAGAAGCCAUAUAAGUGCUUGGAGUGUGGGAAGAGCUUCUUCCUGAAGUGCCACCUAACUACCCAUCGAAAGGUUCACACAGGGGAGAAGCCAUAUAAAUGCUUCGAGUGUGGGAAGAGCUUCUCCCUCAAGGGCAACCUAACUAUCCAUCGAAAAGUUCACACAGGGGAGAAGCCAUAUAAAUGCUUAGAGUGUGGGAAGAGCUUCUCCCAGACGGGCACCCUAAGUAGACAUCUAAAGGUUCACACAGGAGAGAAGCCAUAUAAAUGCUUGGAGUGUGGGAAGAGCUUCUCCCAGAAGGGCGUCCUAAGUAGACAUCGACAGGUUCACACAGGGGAGAAGCCAUAUAAAUGCUUGGAGUGUGGGAAGAGCUUCUCCCAGAAGGGCGUCCUAAGUAGACAUCGACAGGUUCACACAGGGGAGAAGCCAUAUAAAUGCUUGGAGUGUGGGAGGAGCUUCUCUCAGAAGGACGCCCUAAGUAAACAUCAAAAGGUUCACACAGGGGAGAAGCAAUAUAAAUGCUUGGAGUGUGGGAAGAGCUUCUCCCUGAAGAGCCACCUAAGUAGACAUCAAAAGGUUCACACAGGGGAAAAGCCAUAUAAAUGCUUAGAAUGUGGGAAGAGCUUCUCUUUGAAUGGUGCCCUAAGUAGACAUGAAAAGGUUCACACGGGGGAGAAGCCAUAUAAAUGCUUAGAGUGUGGGAAGAGAUUCUCCCAGAAGGGCAACCUAACUAGCCAUCAAAGAGUUCACACAGGAGAGAAGCCAUAUAAGUGCUUAGAGUGUGGGAAGAGCUUCUCUGAGAAGGGCAACCUAACUAGCCAUCAAAAGGUUCACACAGGGGAGAAGCCAUAUAAGUGCUUAGAAUGUGGAAAGAGCUUUAGUGGGAGAAGGAGCCUUAACUUACACCACAAGAUUCACGCAGGAGAAUAGUUGUUCAAUCAAGUCAGCAUAUGGAAAACCAAUCAAAGUGGCUGAACUGGGCUGCUUGUAGCCAUGAUGUUAUUUAUGGUCACUGCCCUGACAAGGAACAUCUUUCUGCCUAAUUUCCUCCUUUUCCUCCAUCUUUUUACUCCAUCUUUCCUCCUUUCUUUUUGUUAGCUUCAAAUAUAUGUAUGUUGCACCCCUGGUGAACAAACAUACAUAUUUUUCUGUGUAUUUUCUUCGAGCCUCUCAUGUUAUUGGAUCAUUCACCAAGCUGGUGAGAUUGAUCAAGGCCUCCUAUUACCAUUUAGAAAAUGACAAGUGCUGUAACUUUCCAGUGGAAAUAAUUUUGAUUCUAUUUCAAAAAUUGUGAUAUUGUAGAUUAAACUUCUAUCCUCCCCCUCAACGAUCAAUAACUAAUGUAAUGUAUAAUCUUCUGUAUAUCUUAGGGCUAUUUAGGGUGGUUUGCUAUUUUGAUUCUCUUGUGUAAAAAAUGAAUAGGUGUAUCCUGCUUGGACAAGGGCGCUCUCAUCUCUGUUCCCUCAGUUUAGAUCGGCUGGUGGCAUUGGAGAGCCUGGAAUGUAUCAAAUGCAUUUGGCAGUUAUUUCUUUUCCGUGUCAUGGGAAGAUCAUCCCUUCUUUUCAGUGCAGUUCAUGUGGUGCAAGGCUUCUGUUUCCAGUGGUUCACUGCUGUAGAACUGGCGUUGGAACACGACCAGGGAAGAUAAUUCAAGAGCACCUGGAUAUCUGCUGUUCAUUAUGUGUCAUCUCAUGCCUCAAAAGGCUCAGCUUUAAGUAUGUAAGUCCAAGUGGAGAGGUUUUUAUUGUCAUGUGUGAAGGUGCCUGGAAACGUUUGUGCUUGUUCUUAACCAGGAAAAUAGAGGUGAAACUCCAGCUCAUCCUGAAGUAGUCAGACAAAUAAAUCGACCCUGUCUGAGAAAUUGUUCCUCUCAGAUGGAAAGAGCUGGUAUGGAGCCACCAUCAGAAGAUGAAUAAUGGCUGCCUGAUGGAUUCCAGCCAUUUUAACUUACCUGAGAGCAGAUGAGAAAAGUCUACAGAAUAUCUAUCAAUAUCGACUGAGACUUUUGAAAUUCAUGAAGAGAAAGCAUUGUCCUGCUAAUCAUACUGUUGCACCAAUAUAGGUAAAAGCACAUGACAAUAAUCAAUACUGAGCAGUACUAGGCCAAGCACUUAUAUUCUAGACGAACUUUCAAACUUGGCAUGAACCAUCUGUGUGUUUUUUUCUGUGUUAGGUAAUUCUAACCGGUGUGCUUUAAUCUUUUGACAGUUAAUUACAAUAGCGGACUCUAUCAAGAUCCAUGUUCCUCUAUCAGAGAUUCAACCAAUGGUGGUUUCUCAACUUUUUCUGACACUUCUCAGAGAUUUAUGGUUUUGUUUUGUAAGUUUGAGUAUAACGUAAUUUUUUACUAAUUGGAAGGUUGUACAAUAGAAACUAUGAAUAUUCAGUAAAGCAUCAGACCAAUCAUUGUUUUUUUGUGCUAUCAUGGGAAUAGACCUUAAAUAUUUGCAUAUGAUGACGUAUAAAAUUGCAAAGUCAGAUAGAAUGGCAGAGCUCUGAUGGAAGAAAUCUCUUGAGAGAAUUUAGGUGAGAACUUAUUUUUACCUAUGCGUUUCAUAGAAACUUUGAUUAUGUUAAACUUCGAAUUUAUUAAGAAAUGGUAGCAAACUUAUUAUUGCCUUUCUGUGUUCUGUUUUUAUAUUAAUAAACAUUUAUAUUUUGAUUGCUUGCUUCAUAAAAA